AGAUAUAUAUAUUUAUAUAUUUAGUUUAGAUUAAAAAAAAAAGAUUUCAUAUAAGAUAUUGUUAUUAGAAUUUAUUAUUUAUUCAAGUGUUAGUAUAUAAUCUAUGAUUUAUUUAUUCAAGUGUUGGAGGAUGAUAGUCUCCGUUUGUCUAACAUGAGCCAAAGGCCCAAUUGGUUGAGUGUAAUAGCAGUGAAGAAUGUUGGCAACACUAUCAUCCUCCAAACUAUUCACUAGGUUUCUCAUCAGAUCCUCUUCUUCCUCUUCAUUUCUCGCUCUCUCAUCUUCCCGGCCCAGUUCCGGCGUCUCGGUCAGGUCAAUGGCUGGCUCCGCGGCUCCCACUUUCAAGAAAAUUCAGAUUCACAGAGAGGAUACUGCAUUUGAUGCAUAUGUGGUUGGAAAUGAAAAUGCUCCAGGGAUUGUUGUUCUCCAGGAGUGGUGGGGUGUGGAUUUUGAGAUCAAGAAUCAUGCUCUGAAAAUUUCUCAACUGCAGCCUGGAUUUAAAGCGCUUAUACCAGACUUGUAUCGAGGAAAGGUUGGUCUAGAUGUUGCAGAAGCACAACACCUUAUGGAUGGUCUUGAUUGGCAAGGUGCUGUAAAGGAUAUUCAUGCUUCUGUUAAUUGGCUCAAGGAAAAUGGUUCAAAGAAGGUUGGUGUCACCGGCUUCUGCAUGGGGGGUGCUCUCUCUAUUGCAAGUUCUGUUUUAGUUCCUGAGGUUGAUGCUGUCGUUGCAUUUUAUGGGGUUCCUUCAUCAGAGCUUGCAGAUCCUGCCCAGGCUAAGGCCCCUGUUCAGGCUCAUUUUGGAGAACUUGAUAAUUUUGUUGGCUUUUCAGAUGUGACGGCUGCCAAGGCCUUGGAGGAAAAGCUGAAAGCAUCAGGAGUUCCACACGAGGUGCAUAUCUACUUGGGCAAUGCACAUGCCUUCAUGAAUAGGUCCCCGGAAGGUAUAAAGAGGAGAAAGAGCAUGGGAUUGCCUGAUGAGGAUGAAGCUGCCGUCCAGCUAGCAUGGUCUCGCUUCCAGUCAUGGAUGUCUCGUUACUUAUCUUCUUAAUUAGCGUGGUGCUUGGGAGCCUCAUGCUUCUUGCUUGCUGGUACAGAAUUCGGCAAUGCUUAUUAUAUAUAAUAAAAUAAAAUCCUGAAACGCAUGUUGUAUGCAGUGUUUUAACCAAAGAUGGUUUUAUUUACAUGCAGUUUUUGAAAGCAUAGCUGGUGAUGUGAGUUGUAAUUUUUAUUUACUCUUUUAUCCCACUUGGCUUGGCUGCCACCUCCUGGAUUCAUUAAUAAAAUAAUAGUAAUAUGAUGUU